AUGGCGAAACAUGCACGCUGCGAGCGCACGGGCCGCUUGGACUUUCCUUCCCAAGCAGUUAAGUUCUGUGAAAUCACUCACGGGAAAGAGCAGCAGCGAGGCCCAGACGUGCUCCUGUGCCUAGCCCUCGCAUUCUCCCGGGAAGAGCUGGGGCCGGGAGCCCGACGCCUGGAUCGAACCCGCAGCCGUCUCUGGAGAGACAGGCCCGAGCCAAUCGCGGGGCAGCCUGUUUGGCAGAUUUCGCCCGGGAUGUUGGGUUCUCGGGAUCUGCCCGACGUAAUCCGAGCCCACACUUGUUCGGUUUUCUCCGCAGAGACACUGGAGUCGUUUGCUAAAUCCUUCUCUGGCUCGUUUGACAGAAACCUCCAAUACAACCAGGAAAAACCCGUGAAAACCAAUGGCCCAGGGAUGCAGCAUUCUGCACCUGUAGGCCUCCACCUCUGUGAGAGGAAAGAAAUGGUCUCAUCAGUCUUCCGGGACCGAGAUGGGCCGGUUCUUACUGCGGAAUCGACCUUCGAUCGCAUUUCUGGCUUUUUAGAUGUCAUUCGCAUCUUCUGUCUGGAGCUGGACGCCUGCCCGUCUGCCAUGCUGUCUGUGGUCCUGAGCGUUCUGUCAGUGCGGCCUGGUGGCCAUCCGUGCCACCACCUAGCUGGCCCUCGCGCCAUGAGGCUUUGGAAACGUCUCUUACAGUGCAGCGAUGCUUCGUCCCCUCCGUGUACCACAGAUGAUGUGAUGGGCCCCCCCUGCUGCCAGUUUUUUUUGCCACCACAGAAAGAGCUGCUCCGCCCCGCCCCCGUGCGGAGCUUCUCUGGCUACAGGAAGGGGGGCGUGCUUUGUUCUUCUCAGGUCGCUUCCUUCCCCUCAAAUUCUGUGAUCGAGGACAUCUACACCAAUGGAUCUGCCGCACCAGCUAGUCCUGGGCCCGGCAGCCACCGCCACCGGGAGCCACGGAAAGUGCGCUUCAUCCAGUUUGAGAAGGUCACAGAGGAGCCCAUGGGAAUUACUCUGAAGCUGAAUGAGAAACAGUCAUGCAUGGUGGCCAGAAUUCUCCACGGGGGCAUGAUUCACAGACAAGGCUCCCUUCAUGUGGGAGAUGAGAUCUUGGAAAUCAAUGGCAUGAGCGUGACUAACCACUCUGUGGAUCAGCUGCAGAAGGUGAUGAAAGAAACCAAAGGAACGAUCUCCUUAAAGGUGAUUCCCAACCAGCAGAGCCGUCUGCCUGCUCUCCAGAUGUUCAUGAGGGCCCAGUUUGACUACGAUCCCCAGAAGGACCCCCUGAUCCCCUGCAAGGAGGCGGGCCUGAAGUUUGCCACUGGGGACAUCAUCCAGAUCAUCAACAAGGACGACAGCAACUGGUGGCAAGGCCGGGUGGAAGGCUCAGCCAGGGAGGCCGCGGGCUUGAUCCCUUCUCCGGAGCUGCAAGAGUGGCGAGUGGCGAGUGUGGCCCAGUCGGCCACUCGGGCCGAGUCCCCCAGCUGCAGCCCCUUUGGGGGGAAGAAGAAGAAGUACAAAGACAAGUACCUGGCGAAGCACAGCUCAAUUUUCGAUCAGUUGGACGUUGUUUCCUAUGAAGAAGUCGUGCAGCUCCCUGCAUUCAAGAGGAAGACCCUGGUGCUGAUAGGAGCCAGUGGAGUGGGCCGCAGCCAUAUCAAGAAUGCCCUGGUCAGCAAGAACCCGGAGAAGUUUGUGUACCCAGCUCCAUAUACCACCCGGCCCCCCAAGAAGAGCGAGGAGAACGGGAAGGACUACCACUUCAUCUCCACCGAGGAGAUGACCCGGAACAUCUCGGCCAACGAGUUCUUGGAAUUCGGCAGCUACCAAGGCAACAUGUUUGGCACCAAAUUUGAGACGUUGCACCAGAUCCAUCAGCAGGACAAAGUGGCCAUCCUGGACAUCGAGCCCCAGACCCUGAAGAUCAUUCGGACGGCAGAACUGUCCCCCUUCAUCGUGUUCAUCGCGCCGACCAACAAGGCCCAGCAGUCGGAAGCUCUGCAGCAGCUACAAAAGGACUCCGAGUCCAUCCACAACAGAUACGCACACUAUUUCGAUUUCACGCUGGUGAAUAACGGCAUCGACGAGAGCCUCAAGAUACUGCAAGAGGCCUUUGAGCUGGCAUGUAGUUCCCCCCAGUGGGUCCCCGUCUCCUGGGUCUACUGAGCGCCUGCGCAGCUCGGCUUCCAUUGGCCUGCCCCUCUUCACAGCUAGUCCCGGCUUGCUGCUUCUGCUUCUUAGCCUCCCCCCACCCUGCCCCCACCCACCAAAGAUGGAUCAAUCUUUGGGACUUGGCGAAGGUGCAGCCCGACCUUUCCCUCAAGAAAGACUCCCUCCUCUGAGAGAAAAGGCCGGGGCCGCACGGUCCAAGUCCCUCCUCCUGACCCUGCACGCAUAAGCCUCUCCUUCCUGCUGCUGCAGCUGAUUCAGCCCCCUUUCCACCGCGCAGGCGCGCACCCUCACUCCCACCUCUGGGAAGGGGCUCCGUGUGGUGGAAUGAAACAAACGCUUACUCUCGUGCAAUCUCUUUAAAUGCCAAAAACGGAGAGAGGAAACAUGUGCAGGGAAGCCUUAAGUAGCAAUAAAAACGUCGCUGUGCAAACGCCAA